CCUUGAACAGGGAAAAUCUAUACCAACGUCUUUAUUGUAUAGCAUAUUUACUGUAAUGCUCUAUUUCACUACACAUGGGAGUAAAACAUUUAGCAUGACACGGCACGACUGUGAAAACAUUGUCUAAAAUCAUUGUACAAAUUCAAUAAAAUACACUUUUAACACUGGAUAUCAGUAACACUGUUAUAUACUAUUGUAUACAUUUAUUGGGAAUAACCAUAUCAGAAGGUUGACUUGUACCAUGUAAGUUAUUUUAUAACGGAGUUAACUUGUAUUAGAUAUAGCAAAAGAAAAAUGUCUGACGAAGAGGAUGACACGUUUAAGAUUUACAAUCCCUGGAAUUUUAUCCACUCUGCAGAGUUCACCACAGAUAUAAUUAUAGAGGAUGUCAAGGAGAUAUAUUCAACGGGCCCGGCUGAGACGGCAGAAGGAGAAAUAGUGCAACAGGACAGCCAGGAACCGGUUCAGUACUGUUCCUACACCCGUGAGGAAGAUGAAGGCGAUGUGCAUGAGGAGAAAUUUAUCCUCCGAUUUCUUGCCACAAACACUGACAAUAUUCACAGAUAUCUUUGGGUCACAGAUAGUGGUGAAGUACGGACUGAUGGAGGAUACACAAAUAUAGCAACAUUUUUUGAAGUGAUACAUUGGUGCAGUCCCCAUCAGAAUAACUACCAACUGAUCUGUUACGGUGGCGGAUGUAAGGGACAUAUCCUCUACAUGGACGGUACAAACCUUUGCACAAGGAAAUAUAAUGAAGCAACAGAUGACACAGACAUCACGACCAAAUUCCAAAUGUGUCCGAGGGGAGAUGACAUCUCUGUGCGGGCUUUCAUUUCAAAGACUGGUGUUCCUCUAUAUUUUGAUGACGAUGGAAACUACAGACCGGAAGGGCCACCCACCCCUCGAGGAAAUUCCACAGAAGAUGCCGUGUCGAGACUUCACCCGUUGUACUUUAUAACUUCUAACGUAAAGGUUUUAAGAGUUACAUCAGUUUAAGCUCCUGUAACAACAGUAUUAAGUGACACAAGUAGUAAAAUCUACAGACUGCUAGAUAGUAUAUUGUUGCACAGUUUGGGGAACAAGUUAUUAUGUCAAGUCAUGAUCUCAUUUUAUUUUUUGACAUUACCAAACACACUUCUAUUCUGUCUGAACUUUCAUGUAUUUUAAUAUUAGGCCAGCCUUUAAAUUACUGUGUUUCAAGUCCUUCAACCCAUACCAUUAAAGUCAGGGUAGCUAGGUCAGGAUUUAUUUUAUUUAUUUCUAUACAUUUGUUUUUUGUUAAAUUAAAUACAUUUUCAAUAAGAGUUGCGUUUAAUAUAAUGUGUGAUCUAUAAAAUCAAUCUGUGCCUACCGAACAUUAUCUACUUGUUCAGCAAUGCACAACCAACCAUUACACAUCUGUAAUCUGUACCAUCAGUUUGAUUCAAAAGUAACAAAACUGAAGUAAUAGUUUCUUUAAGAAUUGAAAACAUACAUCCUAAAUCAAAAUCGCUGCUUUUAUAUUGUGUUAAAAGUAUAUUUGGUGGCAAUUUUCUGGUAGGCAACAGGGGGUGGGGAAACAAAAAAUAUUUAUUUUAGGCCCUAUUAUUAUAAUGGAUUUUGGUCCAGGUGACCUAUUAAAAUGGGCAAAGGUCAAAAAUAUUCAAAUACUGUUGGGUGAAAGAGUGAGUGAUAGUUUCUAGAUUAUGUUGUUACAACAAGGGUAAAAUUAUUGUUUCACUAAAUCAUUAUAAUAAACUGUGCCUGGCUGUGUUUUCAUUACACAUAUGCUGUGCAUAAAUGAAUGUAUUUUCAACAAAUAUUUUUACAAACAUUUAAUUAAGGCUUCUACACCAAUAUAGACUGUAAAAUAUCUUCAUCCACAAAGCUGUGAUCACAGCAUCAACAUACAUAAUCUGCUAAACCCUUACAUUUAGAAAAACAGUUUAUUAAGCCAUUCCUUCACAAUUGUUAUAAAUUGUUCAAGGGACACAACUCCAUGUAAGAAUAUUGAAUGAUAAAUCAACAUAAUUUAUAUCAUUACAACAUAACAGGGUUGCUACAUUUGUCCUGUAUCAAAUUGUCUGAGGUGUGUAAGCACAGAGGGUGGUUUAGCCUUCAAGUUGUAAAAUUCAAGCUUCUCCAGCUAUUUUUUAUCUGCACCAAUGAAGGUGGUUGGGGUUGAAAAUGCACUCCUUCCGCAAAAUGCAUCACUCCCAUAGAUAUAUGGUAUAGAGCAGCACUAACAAUUAUAUAUUCAACACAUUUUAAACUGAACAUUGCAGGUUUCCUAUUUCAUAUUUACUAAAAAUGUAUGUGAUAUCAAGAAAACCUGUGUCACUAACCCAAAAGAACGAAACUAUUUUGCAAUAAAUACUGCAGGUCAAAAACUGUAUGUCAUUAACUACACCAACUGUAUAACUUGUGACUUUUUGCACAAAUACAUAAAAUACACACUGCAAAAUCACCAAAUGUUCAUCAUGUUCAUAGUGGACUUAUAUUCAUGGAUUUCUGGGUUGAAUCAAUCCACAAAAUUAUAUUCUGACAGAUAGGAAAAUUCUAUAAUUUCGAUUCAAAACAAAAAUAAGAAAUCCACAAACUCAUGUUGCUACAAAAUCGCCAAUUUUGUCAAAACUACAAAGUUUUAUGCCCAUGAAAUUAAAAAAAUUUAACAGUAUUAAACAUAUUGUAUGUUAUAUACUAUUUAUCAAUCACUUAUAACUAUAAUAUAUUUUUGAUUAUGAAAUAUUUUCAUAAUUAUCAAAUCAAAAAUGAGAACAUCCGCUGCUAUAAAAAAUUUUUUAUUAUUAUUUUGUACAUUCUUGCUUAUUUGUUCUGUAUGUGUUUUACAAUGCUUGGUUUACAUUUGUGCAAUAAACACAUACAAAAUAUU